AUGUGGCAAGUGCAAGAGGAUUUGGCUGACUGGCCAUCGGCCACCAGCACCCCAGGCGGCGACCAAGAGCAGAAUGAUGCGGCACAAAUCGAGGCGGAGCUGACCAAUCUCAGGAAGCUAAGACAGAAGUAUGGCCAACAUGAACUCCGCAUCACUUGCGUAGGUACCAGCAAAGCGGGCAAGACGACCUUCGCGGCCAGCUCCAGGGCUGCGCUGCAAGACGAAGAGUUCAUGAUACCCCCUCACCUGGCCCCAGCAGUCACCACGGCAAUCGCUGGGUAUGCCAGGACUUGUACAUGA